AAAUUGUAUUGUUAGGGUGAUUUCCAAUUGGUGGUAAGAAUUAAUUUGAGAUGGUGAGAAGGGUGUAUCCAAUGUGGUGACUAUGGGAGGUGGAUAAAUGUUAACUCCCAUCUUUGAUUUAAAAUAAGUUAAUUCACACAAUAGUUACCCUUUCUGUAUAGAGCCGACACAGAAACAAUUAUGAGCAGGGGAAAAUUGCUGUUGUCUUGCUACUUUAAAGCCAAAUGUGUUUCAGCUGUUAUGUAUGCUGAACCAUCCACCAUGAAUUUCCGGAACCAUGGGUUCUUCCGCCGCUCUCCGCCCCCUUCUGUGGCCAAACCAACUCCCACGGCUGGGAAUACUUUGUCCGUCUUAGGAGGCAUCGCCCAGAUCUCCCCCUGCCUCUAUCUCUGCUCUGGCAAUGCUGCAUCCAACAGACACAUGGUCUACUCGAGGGCAGUGACUUGCAUAGUGAAUGCCACCAUGGAAAUCCCCAAUGCCAACUGGCCAGAUAUUGACUAUGUCAAGGUGCCCGUCCCUGACCUCCCCCAUGCUCCACUGUCCUUGUACUUCGAUUCUGUGGCUGAUAGGAUACAUCAGACUGGGAAGAAGAAUGGAAGAACCCUUGUCCAUUGUGUGGCAGGUGUAAGUAGAUCUGCCUCCCUCUGUAUUGCCUACUUAAUGAAGUACCACCGGUUGAGCCUUUUAGAUGCCCAUGAAUGGGUGAAGAGCAGGCGUCCUGUUGUAAGGCCCAAUGUAGGCUUCUGGAGACAACUCAUUGAGUAUGAACGCAAGCUAUUUGGCAAGAACACCGUCAAGAUGGUGCCCUCGCCCAUUGGGUUGAUCCCAGAUGUCUAUGAAAAGGAGACCCGUGGGCUGGUGCCCUUGUGGAACUUAAGAUAGACAUUGGACAACUUUGGGAAAAUGGUUGGGUGGUGGGUUGCUUGGAUUUAGGGUCAAAAUGUCACACCAUGUUAGGACCUUUAAUAAGAGCUUCCAGCAUGGUGGACAUCACUAAGAAAUUCUGUAAUGGUAGUCUAUUUGUAAGACCUUGCAAUAUGAGUAGAUCAUGGAAAAGACUUGAGUUGCUUGGACAUUUCAGUAUGACAGACUUUGGUGUUUGAUGCCACCAUGACGAAUAUUGCUAAGAACUUAUAUUUUUGCUUAUAUUUGAAGGAUGGUUCAAAACAAAGUAUAGGCUGUAAAGAUUUCUACCUAAAGCAGGGGCUCCAAAGUCAAAAUAAAUUAAUCUUCCUUUAGUGAGGAAGAAGAGAAGAAACCAUCUUUUUGAAGAUAGAGCCUUAGAACCACUUUCCAGCAACAGGGCCUGUGUUUACUUUAUUUUUUUAAUAAACACAAUACACUUUCCCGCUCAGGGAGUGAAACUUAAGCACUAAGGGGAUAGAAAUUUGUGUUACUAUGGCUCCAGAGGCACAAGAAUCAAGGACUGCUGAAUCAAUAAGGACCCAGAAGUCAAGCUGAAGAUGGCAGAACUUCCAGCAGCAGAUGGAGGAUGACAGCUCGUGAAAACAGAUGGAGCCUUUUAAUACAAUAGAUUUCACUGAGCAAGCUGCAAUAUGGCCCAUGGGUGUCAUGAAUACUAUUGUUUUUGUACACUGUUCUAGCCCAGGGAAAUUCAAACUUGUGUGGAAAAGAGAGGAGUUGACUUAAUAUUACCUCAGAAGAGAGCCCACUUGAAGCUGGAAGAGAUGAAUGGCACUAAGAAGGGGGGAUUUUUUAAAACUAGGGAUUACCAUUCAGUAUCAAAAGCUGAGCCCUUUCAUCUCCCCUUCCCUCAGGAACAAAAUUAAUUGUGGUGGGGUUUUGACAGUGUGUGGGGAGCAAAGGAAGGGCAGUUUUCUAAAUAUGAAAACAAAUCCUCCUGAGGAAAGCUGUCACUAGAGAUAGGCAAUAAUAUGUCUAUUUUAAAAUAAUGCUACAAAGCAACAGACAAAAAUAGUGUGGCAGCACUUUCAGGGAGAAAGUUAAUGUCCGAUGAGUUAAACCUAAGAUAUGCUCAAUGGAGGACAUUUUCUAGUCUAAGGGAAAGUGAACUUCCAGUCAAAGAUCUUCUGACAAAACUGUGAUGUUGAAGGGGGAAGUUUACCCAGAGCUCAUCACAUUUUCAGUCAAAACUCAAGUAUUGUGCUAAGUAUUUCAAAAUGGUGUAGGCCCCAAACUGCCCUUAGAAGCCCUGACUGCUUUCUCAGGCGAAGCCAUGGGGAGACAAACAUCCUGGUGGAAUAGGUUUCUAAUUUUUGUCACUUAACUUUGUAGGUGCACUUCUUGGAUUGCUUUAAAGGAGUUAUUGAAGGAUGCAGGCUAUUAGAUUUUAAAUCCUCACUGAUUAAUGAAGUUUUAAACAGAGAGCCCUGUUGUGAAGAAGUUGCUAUGAGUACCUGCAUUGUACCUCCACUUUUGGGCUCCACAAGCUCUUUUUUUUUUUAAGUGCCACCCUAGUAAGCAUAAGUAUUUCUAGAAUGCUAAUCAUUUGUCAUAGUGUUGUGAUUAUAAAGAGUGCUUUUUUAGCCAGUUUCACAGUGCUGCUUUUUUCCCAGAACAAAGAAUGUAUUUUGCUUGUGCAGGUUCAGCCUCCAUUGGUUCUUUAGAGCAAUUUCCUACCAGGCCUCUGCGUAUUGGGCAAGGUGAGCAAGAAAGUUCUAGAAAUCCAGGGACCACAGCUGGUAGACCAUUGUGCUAUCUGGAAAGAGAUUGCUUCAGUGGCAGAAAGCUUCACGCUUAUUCUGUCACUUGUAUGUGGAUUUUGAAUCCCCUUGAAAUUUGAGGUUUCCUGAAGAAUACAUAAGCACAGCUCUAGGCUGUUAAUUGCACAAAUGUUGUCUUCACAAAACCAGGCAGUUCGGGAAAGUUUUCUAUACCAGAGGGCAGAAAACUCCCUCCCUCUGGUAACCAUGAAUAAACUGGAAUAGAUAACCCUUCUGUUUGGGGAAAAAUUGUGAUCUCUUAUAGGGUAUCAUUAUUACAUAGAAAAUUGGACUUCGAGUCUUCCAAAUGAGACCUUGAAGACCCAGUUUCACAUUAUUACUUCUGAGGUCCAUCUUGGCAACAGUGCUAUGAAACUUUGAAAAUACCAUUUCUUGGGGGAACCACCCCCUUGAAACAUUGAUGGGAAUCUGAGGUUUUCUUUUGUAGACUAAAACUAUUUGUGAGUUCCCUUUGUCAAACUUAGUAGCAACUGACUGUUAUCGUAUGAAGAGCUGCAAAAAAGGGGGUGAUUUUGAAAAAUAUCCCUCAAAUUUGGUAUGAGUGAGAAUAUGGAGUAGGGACAGGCUAGUCAGGGAGGCCCUAGGUCAUAGAGGCAUUUUCUAGACUCCAAAACAAGUAUAUCACACCCACAUUGGUGGUUUGUGUAUUCCCGUAUAUUCUACUUUUUCCUGCCAUUCAAGCAGUGGUGUUCAAAGGAGGAUAUGAGGCUGGAAUGGAAACAACUUCUAUUUACACACCAGCAUUUUCACUCUUCAGAAUUAGGCCCCCAAACCCAUCCAGUUAGAGAAGUCUCUAAGGGCACAAAUAUUUUAGACAGAAAAGGGCCUACAACUCCCAGCCAGCCUGAGUUGUAGUCCCUUUUCUGACUAAACUUGCACUGGAUUGUACAUUUAAUCUGCCCAAAUUGCUGGCAUCUUAAGGGGUGACUAACAUACAAUAAAGGGAUAAAUAUUCUAAGACCAAAUGUAGCACUGGCUAACUGAAGGGUCAUGCAGUUAGAGAAUAUAGCCUCUUUGCAAAAUGAUGGGGACUUGCAGGUUGAGACCCACAAUCACAGCCACUGCUAACCUUAAAAAGGAACUUUGUUACAGGGCUCUGAGCACAAGCUGGUCUUCCUUUCAAGUGGUGUAUAUAUUAUUUGCGAAUGCCUCUGCAGUUGUGUAUACUUUGUACAUACUAGAGGUUUAAAAGAAAAAGAAAAAUCUCUAUAUUAAUUAAACUUAGAGUUUCUUAUGGCUUCAGUUCAAUGACACGAGAUCUUAAUAAAAAUAUGUUAAUGAGC